GUUUUCGGCCACUCACUCGGCGGCGAUAGAAAAAUUGCAUAGAUCGGCAUUUAUUACGCGACCUGAGUGGCCAUAAAAAUUCCGAAGCGAUGGCGCCAAAUGGAAUACAAGUGGAAAUCAAUAAAAAUUUACAUGUUUUGGGAUGCAGGCAAAACAAUCGCCGAAAUUUUUUUAUCAUAAUUAAAAUGUUAAUCUGCGUGAAGUAAAAGGUUAGACAAACUAUUAGCGGCCAAAUUUAUGGCAACUGCAAGACGGAACCAAUACUGCGGUCACAUACAAAAUGUAUAAUGUAUGAGUGAUAACAGAGUGGCCGGAUGAAUGGCCAAUAACAACGAGCCAAAGUGGUCAACGACAGCUCUUUUUCAAGAGCACCCACUACGGCCGAUUUGCAUAAACAGAAAAGUCGUCGGGGUCUGUUUAGAAAAAUCAUAAAAAAUUAUGCUCACCCGCAAACUAUACAGAAAAAAAAACAAAAUAAUUAACGUAAACACCAACAACUAAAAAGCUUUGGAUUGCCAUAGAUUAAUGCAACAAAUGUCGAGUAAAACAACAGGCGACAAAUGACAGCGAAUGGAAUGGAAAUUGGUGGAGCUGCAAAAAAAGCUGAUGAAGGAGCGAUUGGCGAAUUGCCGGCGAUUUGCCCGAAAUGAGGUGCAAAAUCGAAGACAACCAAUUAAAAAACCAAAUUUCGAGCAAAAGGAAAAACAGAAAACACUGCCAACUGCAGCUGUUGGUUUCGCAUAAAAGAGCGUGGGCGUCGUGGAGUUGGACAUACUUGGUCUUCAUCCAGCAAUUCGAGCGGAGUUAUCCAUUCCUUAAAAACUAAACAAAAUGCGCGUCCUUAUUGCUCUCUGCUUUGUAGCUGUUGCCAGCGCUGCUUCCCUUGGCGGUGGAUACAACUACCAGCCUGCCGCUGCUGCCCCAGAGCCGUCCUACGCCGCAUCAGGACCUGCUUACACCGCUCCCCAAGAGCAGGCCUCCUACAGCGCUCCAGCCUCCUUCGCCCCUGCUGCCAUCGCUGCCCCCGAGGCUGCACCUUCUGCUGAUGCUCCCCGCUAUGCUGCUCCCCAGGCUGAGCUCCAGAAGGAGUUCUUCACCUACACCGCAGACGAGAGCGACUUCAACGAGCCCGCCGGUUCCGAGCAGGUGUCCCAGUCUCUCAACAAGGCCCUCCGCGUGAUCUUCAUCAAGGGACCCGAGAACAGCGGCCUGGAGAACGCUGCCGUGGCCCUGGCCAAGCAGGCUGGACAGCAGGAGACUGCCAUCUAUGUCCUGAACAAGCAGGCCGACAUCAGCGAUCUGAGCAACAAGUUGAACGCUAUCCGCAACAACAACAACAACAAGCCUGAGGUUCACUUCGUCAAGUACCGCACUCCCCAGGACGCUGCCAAUGCUCAGCAGGCUAUCCAGUCCCAGUACGACCAGCUGGGAGGAACCUCCACCAUCCAAAACGGCGGAGUGGCCCCCGUUCUGAACUUCGCUUCUCAGCCUGCUGCCCGCCAGGUGGCCGCCCCCUCCGCCCCUGGAAACUCCUAUCUGCCCGCUUCGGUGCUCCGAUUCCGCAACUAAGGGAGUCCACUGACCUUACUGACCUAAGACCAGACUGACCCAUCCACGAUUCCUACGCACUCGCUGCGAACCACAUUUGUUGCCUAGUUUGUAGAUUUGGCGAAUUUCAAAAUGACGAAAUAAAAUUUAUUGUUAAUU